AUUCUAAAAGAGCUCUCAAUUUCAUUUCGAGAGGCCCCAAAGUGUAUUCUAGAUAGGACUGAAAAAUCGAAGCAUGGGGGAGUUUGGCUUCAAGAUUCAGUUCUGAAUAUAGCUGAAUGUUGUUUGCUACCCAUCAGACAACCAAGGAGAGAGGAUGACAGUGUGGCUGUUAUAUGGAGAGAUGAAGGCUGUGAUGAUUCUGCUGUAAAUUGUAUGACACUAAAAGAACUUCGGGAACAAGUAAUGUUGGUGGCUAAUGCACUAGACCAGGAUGCAACCUUUUCAAAGGGUGAUGCCAUCGCAAUUGACAUGCCAAUGACAGUCAGUGCAGUUGUCAUAUAUUUGGCAAUCAUACUAGCAGGAUAUGUAGUUGUAUCAAUAGCUGACAGUUUCGCUGUUAACGAAAUUGCAACUCGUGUGCGUGUGUCUAAAGCAAAGGGAAUCUUUACCCAGGAUUUCAUAAUACGAGGAGGUCGUAAAUUUCCUCUGUACAGUCGGGUUGUGGAUGCUGCUCCAUGUAAAACUAAGUUUUGUGUCAUUUUUAGUUGCUGA